CUUUCUUUAUUGUCUGUUCUUACGAAACUCUUGGUACCUUCGUCGCGGCACAUUCGCCCCAUGAAAUUUGCGCUGCAGAGGCGUCCACUGGGUUCUGGUCGGAAAGCCGUAGCCUUUGUGAGCUGGAGUUGCCUGCUCCACACCACAACGUUGGCGAUGACGGUGGUUCCGAAAAACGUCGUGGUAGUCGGUGGCGGCGUCCAAGGUACCUCGGUAGCCUACCAGCUGGCGUUGCGGACCCCUGCGUCGACGACCAUCACGAUCUUGGAAUCGCAACAGCCCGCCUCGGCGGCCUCCGGAAAGGGCGGGGGCUUUAUGGCCCGCUCCUGGGGGGAUGGAUCACCGACGCAGGGUUUGCACGAACUGGCCUUCGACAUGUACAGCGAUCUAGCCCAGACAUUGGGAUGCGAGUCCUACCGGAAACUUCCCGUCUUAUCCGUAAGCCCCGGAUACAACGGUAUGAAGGCAGCGCGGAAAAAUAAGGACCUGGCCAAGAUUAUACCCGGCUGGCUGGACGGAACAGUCGGACGUGUGGGGAGUAUGGGUGGCGGUGAGGACACUGCUCAAAUUACGCCCCAGGAAUUCGUAGAAAAGAUGCUCGAACACCAAAGUCGUAUUCAAGUUGUACUGGGAACGUGUUGGGGGGUUGAGACGGAUCAGGGAUCAGAACGAGGCUCUCGCAAAGUUGCCACGGUCGAGUACAAUCCAAAAGAAAAUCCAGCAGAAAAGAAACUGCUGCCAGCCGAUACCAUCAUUGUCAGUGCCGGUCCUUGGUCCUGCGCGGCCGAAGACUGGUUUCAUGGCGCGGUUCAGUUACCCAUGGAAGGUAUCAAGAGUACAAGUAUUGUCUGGAAGAAACCGGAAGGGAAUGAUGUUGAUGCAACGGCGUUGUUCUGUGGCGAAGACGAUCGGUUUGGAACCCACUUGGAAGUGUAUCCCCGACCGGACGGUACAAUCUACAUUUGUGGAAUUGGAGGUUCGGACUAUGUUUCGAAAGAGGAUUUAAAGGAAGGCGCGUUUCGUGAAAUUUGCGAGGCCAACGAAUUGCGCGUGGCGGCGGCAAAAGCCAGCUUUCAGGAAAUGUCGUCCGUGUACAAGACGUCAGGAGAACUCGAUCGAUCUCAAGCUUGCAUGCGACCUUGUCCUCCCGACGCUAUGCCAUACAUGGGUUCAGUUCCGGGAUACGAGGGAGCUUACAUCAACGCGGGUCACAAUUGCUGGGGAAUUGCGUGGGCACCAGCUUGUGGCAAAGCCAUGGCUGAGCUGAUACUUGAUGGUGAGAGCCGUUGCGUCAACUUGACACCAUUUGAUCCGGCACGAUAUACGCCAGACGCCCAACGGGGCACACGCGGACGAAAACAACGAGGGAACAACGUCGGGGAACAAUGGUAGGAAAGGCUGUCACCGAAACUUGCUUGAUAACUAGCUUCCGUAAUCUUGUUGCG